AAAUGGUGAGGAGAGGUAGAGCAAACCGAGUCAACCCCAAAACGGCAACACCGGAUCGGAGGCGGGUCCCGACGAGUUUGCCAUUUAUAGCAACAUCCCAAAGCUCUCAUCUACGACGUUCUCGAAAGCUCACUACUUCUCAAGCUCUCAUGGCUUUUGGGAAACCCUAAUCGGUGCUGUUCUCUAUGGCUUCGACAAGGGUGGUGGCCUCUUCCUCCUCGGCAGCAACCUCUGAUCACAUGGCGAAGGGUGUUGGAUCCAUCGGCGUGGAUGAGCUUCUCCGAAACAUCUAUGGUGAUACGGCGGUGGAGGGGAGAACGGUGGAGGAGAUGUGGAGGGAGAUGUCUGGUGGACGGAGGGGAGAGGAUGGGGAGAUGACGCUGGAGGAUUUUUUGGCGCGGGCUGGGGCGGUGAGGGAGGAGGAUGUGAGGGCGAUGGCGGGGUCGGUGUUUGGGGUGGAUUCGGUGGGUUUGGGGAUUGAGAAUCAGGUGCUAGGGUUUGGUAAUGGGGUGGAGGAGGGUGGAGAUUUGGGGAAGGGUGGGAGGGGGAGGAAGAGGUCGGCCAUGGAUCCGGUGGAUCGGGCCACGUUGCAGCGCCAGAAGCGGAUGAUCAAGAACCGGGAAUCGGCGGCGAGAUCCAGAGAGAGGAAGCAGGCGUAUACUUUGGAGCUUGAAACAUUGGUGACACAGUUAGAGGAGGAAAAUGGCAGGCUUUUGAAAGAACUGGAGGAGCAGAAUAGAGAGAGGUUACAGCAGCUGAUGAAGAAUCUGAUCCCAGUCACUGAGAAAAGGAAACCACAGCGAGUUCUUCGGAGAACUUGCUCGGCGACAUGGUAGUGAUUAUUCUACACUAUAAUUUUUUGAAGUAAAACAAAGUAGCAUGUUGGUUUCUUUCCGGCAGUUAUUAGUGAAGAAUCAGAGUUGAUAACUGCCAAAUUGUAGAGCAUUUCAUUUGCUUCACAAAGAAGACAUUCUUAGGAUGAACCAAGCGGAAUCAUUAUCUAAAGAGUAAUCUUUGUAGAGCAUCCUAGAGGCAUUCAUCUUCCAUUGACCAGCCUUCAUAUGUAUGGUUUUUCAAAUUACUAUCCAAAUAACCUGUAUAAACAAUUCCUUUACCCAUUAGUUCUUGUAUCCAUGCUUUUUCCAAGCAAAAGAAUCAAAGAAAUCAAAACAGUAAGUCAUUGUUUAUAUUGUAACAAACACUACCCUACACUUGUUUGCUUGUUUUGUGUGUAUGGAUCUUUUGAUGGCCUGAUUUUAAAUUUUUAAGUCCCAAUAGAUUCACUUUGUACAUCCAGACAAAACACCCAUCACGCCUAGCUUUGUACCUCCCUCUCCUUUUCCGUCUCCCUUCUCUGUAUCCAAGACCAUGACUUUUUUACAAUGGAAUAAUAAUCACUCACUCAUUUAGUAAUCAUCUUUUCAAAUCACUCUUAUUUUGAUUAAAAGCAAACCCCUUUAUAACAAUAGAUACUUCAUAUCCCAUCCCCACUUCACCUCCCCUUCUUCCAUCUUUCAGCUCACACACACACACACACACACACACACACACACAAACAAUGAGAGGAAGAGGAAGACCUCUCUCUUGUGUACUCUUCAUUCUCAUACUCCAUCUCUUCAUCAUAAACUCACAUUCUAUACAAACUCAAGUCCUUCACAUUGCAGACUCUCUAGUGUUGUUCAACCACAAGCAACAAGUUCUAAGAACUCUUGAAAGCUCUUCCACCACCAUCACCACCACCGGCAAAGCCUUUCCACCGGUAGCCGCGCCACCACCGAGUUCCGGCGGGGACUUGCCUUCUUUACCUUCAGAUGGGUGGGUUACUACAUCUCCAACAACCACAAACAAUGAACCUUCUCCUUCCCCAAGUUCAGAAGAUGGGAUCCCAUUCAUUAGCAGCAACCCUGCUGUUCCUAUCCCAACCGGGGAGACUGACACAACUACUAUUCGCCCCUUGCCUAUGUCUGGUGAUGGGACCCAGGCGGUGGGGUUAGGGUGGAAGGAUCGGAUUCAAAUGGAGGUGGUGGUUGGGCUGGAUGUCAUCAUGUGUUUUGCUUUGAGCUUGUGGUGGUGAUUGUUUGGGACAUGAGAUGAGAUGGGGGUGGCUUCUUUUCUAGUUUUGCUUCUCUGACAAACUAAUUGAUUGGGUUUUGUAGUACUUCUUCUUCUUAUCUUGUUGUUUUUGUUUGUACAUUGUUUGAUCUGUGUUUUAUGAGUUGCAAACUUUGAGAAUGAUGAUCUUUAUCUUUACUAGGUAGUCUUUCUUGCAAUGAUGGUUGUUAUAUCUCUCUUUAUAAAUA